AUGAGUUAUGUCUCAUCCUCAUCUAUUUCCAUUUUGAUGAAUGGAAGAAUGCUGAAAAAAUUCAAGCCUUCCAAAGAAGAUCAUAAAUGGCAACCUACUAAAAGUUCACGAAAUGACCUUGUGCUUUCUCAUGUUAUAUUUGCGGAUGACAUUAUUCUUCUAGGUAGAGCAGAAGGAAAAACUGCCAAGUCCAUCCAUGAGGUACUCAUGACAUUUUGUGGUGAGUCUGGGCAGACCAUCAAUCUGAAAAAAUCCAAAGUUUUUUUUUCUACCAACACUAAACAAUACUACAAAAAGGAUAUUACUAACCUUUUGGGCAUUAACGAAACCCUUGAUCUCGAAAGAUACCUAAGUUUUCCUAUCCAUAAAGGGAGAGUUAGUAAGAAUGAUUAUGCUUUCAUUAUCAACAAGGUCAGAGCAAAGAAAGACGAGGAUAAAAAUAGAUUGCACUUGCUUAACUGGAGCGAAGUGACCAAGAAAAAAAGUGAAGGUGGACUGGAUUUGAGGGAGACUCAAGCUCAAAAUCAAGCACAGUUAGUUAAAUUGGAAAACAACACUUUGAUAAAAGCUUCUAAAGUAUCGACGACAUGGAAAGCCAUGAGAUGGAUAGGUUUGAUUGUUGAAAAAGGUAUUGGUCGGGUCAUUGCUGAUGGCUCAUCUACAAGCUUUGAGCAUGAUAAUUGGUUAGGGUUUGAGAAUAACAUAAAUGAUAUCCCUACUCAACUGAAGGGACAAGGACAAGAUAGUAUAUGCUGGUCUGCAUCCUCUAGUGGGGUAUUCACUACCCAAUCUGCUUAUGACCUUACUAGAGGAAUAAGUCUAAACGAGAAUAAAGAGAUUUGGCUUGAAAGGAAUAGAAGAAAUUGUAGACAGAAUGGUGAGACCAUUGACUUGGUGAAAUUGGUGAUUGCAAAGGCUGUUAAAUUCUUUACGAUGAACCAGAUAGGAGUUCAGGCUCCGUUGCAAUCCUUUAUGUCCAUUAGGCGGAACCCUCCCAAUGACGGAUGGUAUAAAUUGAACACAAAUGGCUCGACAUUGGGCAACCCUGAGAAAGCAAGAGUUAGAGCCAUCAUUCGAGAUAAUGAGGAAAAAUGA